GCUCACUCGUUUACCUCAUUGGCUCAGACAGCCCCACCCAGCAGGGGAGUAAGGAACAAAAGCUGCCUUUGGGAGGCCCUCAGGCAGACAGAGAAGCCCAGGGACCAGAGAGCACCUGCUGGACCCAAGAAAGAAUAAAAUAGUCCCAGAUUUUGGAACUGGAAGACAGAAGUUCAAGACCAGCUCUGCUACUUCCAAGCUGCGGAGCCUUGGGCAGGUGCCUCUCUAGGCCUUAGCUUACUCCCCUGUGAAAUGGGGAUAAUGGCAAUCCCUACCCCGCCAAGUCAUUUCGAGUGAGGACAUGAUGAUGACGCAGCGGUUUUGACACGGCGUUGCCAAUCGCACCUUUAUAAUAAAGGACACCCAUUUCCAGAUUUGGCCAGGCCUGAGUGGGUGCACACGGGUGUAGGCUGCCCACGUGAGGAAGCAUCAGCAUGAACUGGUCGUUCCUUCAGGGCGUUCUCAGCGGAGUCAACAAGUACUCCACGGCAGUGGGCCGCAUCUGGCUGUCGGUGGUGUUCAUCUUCCGCGUGCUGGUGUACGUGGUGGCCACGGAGGACGUGUGGGAUGACGAGCAGAAGGACUUUGUCUGCAACACCCUGCAGCCGGGCUGCACCAACGUGUGCUAUGACGAGUUCUUCCCCGUGUCCCACGUGCGCCUCUGGGCCCUGCAGCUCAUCCUGGUCACGUGCCCCUCGCUGCUCGUGGUCAUGCACGUGGCCUACCGGGAAGAGCGCGAGCGGAGGCACCGUCGAAAGCAUGGGCCCAACGCCCAGUCCCUGUAUGAGAACCCUAGCAAGAAGCGGGGCGGACUCUGGUGGACGUACUUGCUGAGUCUCGUCUUCAAGGCCGCCGUGGACUCGGGCUUCCUCUACAUCUUCCACCGCCUCUACCAUGGGCACUACGACAUGCCCCGCGUGGUGGCCUGCUCCGAGUCGCCUUGCCCCCACACUGUGGACUGCUACAUCUCCCGACCCACAGAGAAGACGAUCUUCAUCUACUUCAUGGUGGUCAUAGCUGUGAUAUGCAUCCUGCUCAAUCUCACUGAGGUCACCUACCUGGUGGGCAAGAGGUGCCUGGAGACCUUCCGCCGCAUGCGCCGGCAGUCUCGGCGCCAGAGUCACCUGCCUGAUACGUGCCCACCCUAUGUCCUCUCCAAGGGAGAGCACCCCGCAAAUGGGAACUCCGACCUAAUGAAGGCGGGCUCAACUGCUGUGGAUACAGUACCUUGCAGACCAAGAGGGAGUGAUGAGUAGGAAAGCAGGGGGUUCACAAUGGACCUCAGAGAGGAGGCCACAACCACUCCGUGGGCAUCUGAGCCCCAGCACCUCAGAUCCAGGUGCACUCGUCACGUACACCACACACACAGAGUGUGCCAGAGUGUAUCCCUAGGAUGUGGCAGAGAAUACUCAAAGGCAGAGGCUGCUCCAGGGGUCUCUGGACUCUGCGACCAGCUGGCCAUGGCAGGAGAGGGUCCCCAGGAGACCCUGUGCUCAGGAUAAGUCGGUUCUCCGCCAGUGUCCCUCAGAUGAAUGUGUGGCUCAGGAGGCCCCUGCCUCCCCCAUCCAGGCCUCUCUAGCCCUGCCCAGCGUAGGUCUCGGGUGGGUGAGUCUCCUCUGAGAUGGGAGGGGAAGGCCCAGUGGGGGGUGGGGCGGUACUGAGAGCAAGUCCAGGAUGAGGGUCUUCCAGGCGGUCUGGAUGACAUAUCCCCACAGGCCAGGGACCCACUGAGAGCAUCUGAGCCCUCAUGGAUCUUCCAGUCUGAGGAAUUUCCUGUCCCUUUACCAGAUGCACAUUUCCUCAUCUUCCCCCACUCCCACCCCACCACGCAGACCUUGGCAACGCCCAAAACCCCACCUCCAGCCUGGACCUGCCUGAGUCCCAGAGCCCCCACCAACUGCCCACAGGACAACCCUCCAGGAGGUCCCAGGCCUCUCCCACUCAGCAACUCCCAAACCUGCCUUCCUCACAGCUCACGCCCCACCUGAUGAAUGGCACUGCCAUCCAGCCAGUCGUCCAAGCCAGGAGCUGGCCUGACAUCCUCGUCCCCUCCCCCUUUCCCAGCCCCUCACACCCCACGUCCCAGUACAGCACCGAAUCCCACUAACUCCAGCCCCUUAAAUGCCUCCUGAGUCUGCCCUUCCUCUCCCACCCCACAGUCUUAACCUCUCACUGGG